GCCGCAAAUCAUUGCAAAUGAUUUCUGUCGAUACUAUUUAUUGUUCACGGGUACCGGGAGACCCAAUAAGUGACGAUACUGCAUCUACACUACAUAUGGCCGUCGGCCGUCGGCUAUUGUUGACGACAGCCGUUGCUCGGAUCUGUCAAACGCCGUCCGCUCGUUUAUCCACUUUAAAGGCGACGUUUGCAGUAUACGUUUUGCACGAGUAACGAUUCAACAUGGGUAACUGUUGCGGGUCCUGCGACAAGGGACCAUCGUCAUACGAGGAUCUCACUCCCGAUCGGGAAACUAUACGCAGGAAACAGGCAGAGGCGGCUGAGAGGAGGAUAGCCGAGCAACAGCAACGGGGCAUAAAGGACAUAGAGUCCGUUAAGAGGCAACAGCGACGGGCGUUGGAGAUUGAAAAGCGGGAACAGGAGGCUGCUGCCAGUGGCACGCAGCCUGCGCUACGAUGGCAGGUACAAUAAACUGAGGGAAUGUGCUACGAGACUUGAUGGAAUCGAGCCUUAUGUUUUUUCCACUCGGAAGGUAUUAAGUAUUUUACAUAACACUUGGCUGACCAAAGUGAAGACAGGCCUAACGUUACCAAUGAUACUAUUAUAGUCACACAAGUGCAAUCUUACUUUGUAUGAUUUACACAGAAUUAUAGGGAAUAGGUGUUUGAGUGUUUUUAAUUUAACGAGAAUACAUCAGCUGAAAUCGAACAAUCAAUAAAACCAAGGUUUGUUUCCAGCUGAUAUAUAUUUUUUGUUAUGGUUUAUAUGUAAGUUUGUAUAUAUACAUGAUUGUGCAUGUUCUAAAAUAUACUACUGACACUAUCACUAACCCAAAGUUCUGCAUCGUUUAAAAUUUAAUUUUGCUUCUGCUUUAAUCUAUUAAAUGGACAUGUCUCUAUUUUUUUACUUGUUAUAAUGUAUAAAUAUUUAUAUAUGUUCCAAAGAGUUACAGUUAUGAACAUCAAUUUUAAGUGAUGAAUGAGAAUGAUGAGCAAAAAAAACCCUUAUUCAUUGUUAAUCUUUCUUUAAUAAAAAUAUACUUUUGUGAUUUCAAGUUUUUCAGAUUUAAAAUUUAUAUAUGUGCCUACACUUAAAAAAUGUAUAUCUUGAGAAAUAAGACUAUUAAAAAGUG